AUGUAUGAAUCUGAUUGGGAACAGUAUAAGUGUAAAGUAAAAAAGGAUAAUAUCGUGGGGAUCGACGAGGCCGAACUGUGGGAGGAAGAUUUGCCGAUUAAAAGACAUAAACCUAAUAAAAGCAUCCAGCGGCCAAUUCCAUCCCAAACAUCAAUCGAUAAACUGUUUCAAGACCUUAAUCCUACUUCUACUAUCCCAGAAAUACAUAUCCAAGAAGAACCUGAAAAAUUGGCUAUUAAUGAAAACAACACAAUUCAUGAUACAAAUAAUUUUCUGUUACCAGUUGAAUAUGAUUCUGCAAAUGUGACUACAAUCGAUGUAUCCUCCUUAAAUUUGCCCCUUCAUUCUCAAGACGACUUGGUAUUGAAAGAAAUUUUGCAAAUAAUUUUGGACGUACAAGCUAGUCAAACAAGAAUGGAAGAACACCAAAAACUCUUUGCAGAAAAAAUGAAUGUAGCAGUUUUAAAACUGUCACUUACAACGGAUAAAGUAUAUACUAUGCUAAAGGGCAUACAAGAUUCUUCACUUGCAGAUUCUUCCAUGCAUAUCAAUCCAAAUAGCAGUAUCACCGAGCCUCUCAAUUUAUUUGCGCAAAAAUUUAUAUUUCCAUUAAAUACAGUAUCAGAUAUUGACACAUAUAAGACAAUUGGUGAAACAGAAGGAAACGAAGAGGGAAAGAACGUGGCAAAAAAUAUAGUCGCUAUUUUUUUUUUCGAAAUACGUUCUGACUCUCUUCUCCUGGACUAG